GCAGUGUCCUACUCAGGAAGGAGUAACACCAGACCUCUGUUCCUCUGGAGGGUUGAUGUUUGGGCAUGGCUGGCAUGGCUCUGCAGCUCCGCACAAUAGCUUUUAAUGCCAAAAACUAUAGACUGAAGCACCUGGGAAGAAAACUGGACAUGUGCACAGCUGAAGCAACUGCAUCACUGCUCCAAGCAGAAGAAACCUUUUCAGCAUGCCUGGCACGGAUAGAUGCUCUUAUCCUCAAGCCUCUGCUCCAGGCAGAGCCUAGUGACCAGAAAGGAAAGGAGAACUUUAAGCUCUUCCUGCUCCUGAACGAUCGUUUUCAAGCUCUGUGGAACCUCACAGAAGAAAAUUACCGGAUACUGAAGCAAAAAUGCAGCACCUCUGAGUCAUUCUGCAUCCAGGACAUUUACACUGUCUGGAAAGGAGACCUGUUUCUAAGCCUCUACAUCCAAUAUUUCGUCACUUUUGCAAACUACGUUGUGGUCCAUGGCUUCGAACACGCCACGAAGAGCAAAAGUGAAGCCUGGAAGCACCAUAAGACAGUGCUGAAGCAAUUCCUCACAGACUUCACCUCCGAGACCUCCAUGUCACUGGCCUUAUAUACUGUUCUUCACAAACCUAUCCGAGAUCAUAUCGAGCAAUAUAUACUGCUCCUUACCAAGCUGAAUGAGGUCCUCAAGGAGGGCCCUGAAAAGGACGUGGUUACCAGUGCCAUCGAGGAAUAUGUGAAGCUGGAGUCUUUCAUCGGCCAAGUCCUGGAUGAAGCUUGUUUUACCAAGUCCUUAUGGAAAUCUUUGGGCUACAAAUUCACCGAUAUGCUCUGUGUACCUGAAAGGAGGCUGCUGGAAGAUAGCAAAAAUCUUCCCAUCUCUGCCAGCACGAAUCGAUCAGACCGGAUCUUGCUCUUCGAUGAUGUCCUUGUGCUAAUUCAGGGAAAUAGCUUUCAGAGUUUUGAUCUGAAGCUUGUGUGGUUAGAUGAAAACUGCAGGGAGAAAUCAGCUCCAGGACUGUACGUCCUCCGCGUUAUAACCCCGGAAGAAACGUUCUUUCUCUCUGCCAAAGACCCAGAGAUGAAGGCUGUUUGGCAGUGGAAGCUGAACCAGGCUGUCCGACAGGCACUGAAUGGGAAGCGAGAUUUCCCAUUGUGGGGCAAGACUGGUGAAGGCACCGAGCCCCCAUCCUGCCGCUUCUUCACCUACGUCUUCAGGCUGGAGGGCAAGUUCAAGAGCGCAUCCUACGAGGGCGAGUGGCACUGGGGAAAGCCACAUGGCAAGGGGACACUGAAGUGGCGUGACGGACGCAACCACGUCGGAGAUUUCAAAGAGGGCUUGGAGCAUGGGUUUGGAAUAUGCCUUGUCCCACGUCGAUCUGAAGACCGGUAUGACUGCUACAAGUGCCACUGGUACGAGGGCAAGAUGAGAGGCUAUGGAAUCUGUGAGUAUGGGAAUGAUAUGGUCUACAAAGGUUACUUCAAAGACAACGUGCGUCAAGGGUUUGGGAUACUGGAGAACCUCUCAGCUGAGCAUCCGUUUAAAUACACAGGACAGUGGGAAAAUGACAAGAAGAAUGGAUAUGGAGUCUGGGAAGACAAAGAUAGAGGUGAGAGAUACAUAGGGACAUGGCUUGACGAUCACAAACAUGGGCAAGGCAUUGUAGUAACCCAGUCGGGUGUCUGCUAUCAAAGGACAUUUCAUGCUGAUAAAAUGGUGGGCUCUGGGAUUCUGCUCUUGGAAGAUGACUCUGUCUACGAAGGGAACUUCACAGAAGAUCUAACCUUUGUUGGAAAGGGAAAGCUGUCCUUUGCCAAUGGCUUCACUCUGGAGGGAACCUUUACUAACAAAUCAGGCCAAGGCCUUCAGACGCACGGCAUCCUGAACACGUCCAACGAGCAGCUGGAUGACAGGAUAACCAAAGCUCAGCUGGGCCUUGAGGAGUUCCCAGUGGAGAAGAGAUGGAAGGGAAUCUACGAUCAGUUCCUGGAGUUCAUCCAUUCUGGCUGCAAAGAAGAAACGGAGGAGUCUUUCAUGGGCUUCCACAUUCAGACGAGCAAGGAGUUGAGGAAAUCUCAGGAGUACCUCUUCUGCCACAGGGGGACUGAAGAUGUAUCCUGGAAAAUAGAAGAUAUUCUUGAAGAGCUUGUCCAACACCAGGGGCUGGAGUCACUACAGAAUUAUUUAGAGAAGGCAUUGAAGUCUUCCCUGCACCCACUGGGAAAGCUGCUGAAGGCCUUGACGAUAGCUUUUCAGGCAACGUAUUCUGGGAUUGGGGCCAACAGACACUUGCUGACGAUGGCACAAGAGGAAGUCAAGUACUAUGCAAAGAAAAUAUGGGAGUUUUACCAGUUCUCCGAGUCGGCAUCCCAUAAAUGUUCCAAGCCAGUGGUUGUUUCUAGAUCAACUCGAGGCUCUGGGAUUCUGCUCUUGGAAGAUGACUCUGUCUAUGAAGGGAACUUCACAGAAGAUCUAACCUUUGUUGGAAAGGGAAAGCUGUCCUUUGCCAAUGGCUUCACUCUGGAGGGAACCUUUACUAACAAAUCGGGCCAAGGCCUUCAGACACACGGCAUCCUGAACACGUCCAACGAGCAGCUGGAUGACAGGAUAACCAAAGCUCAGCUGGGCCUUGAGGAGUUCCCAGUGGAGAAGAGAUGGAAGGGAAUCUACGAUCAGUUCCUGGAGUUCAUCCAUUCUGGCUGCAAAGAAGAAACGGAGGAGUCUUUCAUGGGCUUCCACAUUCAAACGAGCAAGGAGUUGAGGAAAUCUCAGGAGUACCUCUUCUGCCACAGGGGGACUGAAGAUGUAUCCUGGAAAAUAGAAGAUAUUCUUGAAGAGCUUGUCCAGCACCAGGGGCUGGAGUCACUACAGAAUUAUUUAGAGAAGGCAUUGAAGUCUUCCCUGCACCCACUGGGAAAGCUGCUGAAGGCCUUGACGAUAGCUUUUCAGGCAACGUAUUCUGGGAUUGGGGCCAACAGACACUUGCUGACGAUGGCACAAGAGGAAGUCAAGUACUAUGCAAAGAAAAUAUGGGAGUUUUACCAGGGUUUGCUCCAUCUGGCACUGGAACAGAAAGGCCAACUGCCUGCAAAGUGUGUGGAUGGAGAUACAAGCGACCAGAAGGCAUGCAGUGUGGUCCUGCCGCUGAUCUUGCCCUGCUUCUACCCUGAACUUUUCAUGCUCUACAUGCUCUAUCAUGAAAGAGAAGAUGACCUCUACUGCCAAGGGAUAGUGGAUCUAAGUCUUUUUCCUGACAUCAAGCUGCUGGAGUUUCUGGAUGUGCAGAAACACCUCUGGCCUCUGAAAGAUCUCACCCUGACAACCAACCAGAGGCGGUCCCUUAUCAAAGACAAGUGUUUCCUCUCUGCCACAGAGUGUUUGCAGAAGCUGAUCACCACAGUGGAUCCCCGUGAAAAGCUGGUGAUCCUCCAGAAGACGUAUGAGGAGAUAGAGAGCACGGUGUCCCGGGUGGUGGAGAAGGACUACAAGCUCCCCAUGGAUGACCUGUUGCCCCUACUGAUGUAUGUUGUAUCCCGAGCAAAAAUACAGCACCUGGGAGCUGAAAUCCAUCUGAUCAGAGACUUGAUGGACCCCACCAAUCAAGGAGGACUGUACGACUUUCUGUUAACAGCACUGGAGUCGUGCUACGAACACAUCCAGAAGAUGAGACUCCACCAGAGAGAGACCUGCCAUGUCCCUCACAGCUCCUGAGCCCUGGGACCCGAAGGGAGCCUCCUCCCUCCCUCCUGCACUUUCUUGACCAAACACUGUUGGAUGAAGAAGCAAUCGAGUCACUGCUGUUCCAGCUGCCUUCAAAAAGGGAAGAACAGUUAAUUUAUCAGAUGAGGGUUUCUUGCUGGGUUUUCUCCUCGACUUGCUAUGGUCGUAAAGCACGGAGACACGGAUGCUGGGGGCUAAAAGCCUUCAUUGUGCAACCUCAGCUCAUGUUUGGGAAUUUCUCUGCGGAAAGUGGCCAAGGUUUCUUUUUGUAGUUUUUUUUAUCUCCCUUUCCUGCGAGUAGAAAUCUGCCUGAAAAACCUCAUUUUUAACUCUUCUCUCAAGCCGCUGCGUUUGUUUUGCACUGGUGAACUGACAGAAGGGAGGUGAUUUUUUUAUAGAAAGCAAUUAAAUGAAACCAUAACGACCUGGUUUGGUGGGACUAUUUCUGGGUGGCAGAAAUGUGGCAUGGCCAGGAGAGGCCAUCUCCGUGCUCCUCAACAACCUGUUCCUGGAGCGAGGUGCCUUGUCCUGUAUCCCUAAAAGGAAGGUUUUUCCAUUCCUCUUCCCACCCAAGCCAAACUCAGUACCUCUCCAUUGUGUUAUAAAGCUGCUAUUGACUAAUUUCCUUAUUUUUAUGAGACUUACAAGCAUUUAUUUAUCCUCUGCAGCCUCCUCUUCGAUCUCAGGGAUGUCACACUCGCACCUUGACCGUGCAAGUGCUGCUUUGUCAUUCUGCAGGGGGGCCACGUGUGCCUGAUAGGAAGGACAUACGUUGUCCUGGGGUGAGAAAUCUCAAAUCCUGGUGAGAGGAAAACAUAAAUCCACCUGGUUUUCUGCACUGACAGAGCUGCAAAACCACUGGUUUUCCCUCGAUGCACAGCUUCGUGCUGACAGACCGCCUGCUGACGCCAGCGGGGUACAAAAUGGGAUUAAAAUUGGG